AUGUCGACCCCUAUUACCGUCCGAGUUACCAAGUUGUCCAUCCACAAGCAGAUGAGGAAGGUGUCCUUCUGUGCAGAUGAUGUUACGGCAGUCCACCAAUUGGAAGAACGCAGCUCCUACAAAAAGGACAUGUACUACCAAAACUACGAGUACCAACGGUUCUUCGAAGACUACGAACGAGCCAUGUACCGCAAGUACCUCAAGUCCGAGUGCCGCAAGAAGAUCUCCAACUUCUUCUCCUUUGGCAACAAAGCACAGGUGAUGUGA